AUGUAGGGGAUUGUGAUGGGGAACAAAGAAUGAAUGGAAGGGGAAGAAAAUACAUUAAAUUUUUUUAUUUGAAGUUUUUGUUUAAUGAAAUUACUCGUGAUAUGAGCUGUAAAUGGUAGGAUACUAUUAAACUGCAGCUUAGGAAAAUGUUGUACUUUGUGUCCCAUAAUGAGAUGACUUUCUUGAGUCAUAUGAGUAUCUACUGACUUCCCAUUCCUCAGAUAUGACUAUGACUAAGCCUUUACUUUUGCUUCUUGCAUGUAUGUAUUGCAGCUAUGGAGAUGGUCGGCCCUACUAAACGGCUGUAUGCUGGAGUGGUUUGUCAAUUUUUCUUUACUACUGGCUACAUCCUGACAGCAGCCUUUGCUUACUUUAUCAAAGACUGGAGGAUUCUGCAAGUUGCUCUCUCUUCUCCAGGCAUUCUUUUCCUGUGUUCCUGGCGGUAUAAGUACAUAAUGUAUUUGCAUUAGACACAGGUUGGGGUUGAAUAGUGAGAAAUGUCAUAUUAUGUUCUCUUCACAUUUUACCUCUUACGUAAUGAAAUGAAAUACAUUAAAAUACUAGGGACAUGUAGGAAAUGAGACAAAUAUACAAUAUGUUAGUUGAAAAUCUCAUGUAAAGACACUAUUUAUGAGAGCCAGUCAUAAAUGAAAUACGAUACAAAUCCAGUACAUCUGGACAAACUAGGAUAGUUCCUUCCGGCUGAGGAAGGUAUGGCACCGACUUCAGUAAGUGUUGUCAACUAUUCCCUAAGUUUAACUCCUCUACCAUGUAGCUCAUUUCAUUACAAAAAUUUAACCUUUUGAACAUUUUAUUUGAUUCCCAUUAAGGGGAAGAUUUUUCCAGAAUGGUUUAGGGACCCUCUAGCCUUCUAUCCAGAGAGUACUGGAUGCUAGCUUCUGGGAGUAUAAAGCCGACCAUUCCCCAGUACAUACUGAUAAAAAAAGCCUUCAUGACAUGGCUGACCAUUCCCCUUUAUGAUGAAAUGUGAUCCAAGGAGUGGGAAGUACAUUGCCUGCUGCUUGCUUUACCGAGAUGUUGUGGCAAACGAUGUCAAUGACACAGUUGCUACACUUAAGAACAAAGAGGGGAUCCAGUUUGUAAACUGGUGCCCAACUGGCUUCAAGGUCGGCAUCAGUUACCAACCUCCAACAGUGGUCCCAGGAGGUGACCUGGCAAAAGUGCAGCGUGCUGUGUGCAUGUUAUCCAGCACUACAGCCAUUGCCAAGGCAUGGGCCUGCGUGAACCAUAAGUUUGAUCUCAUGUAUGCUAAGCGUGCCUUCGUUCACUGUUACGUUCAUGAGCGGAUGGAGGAAAGUGAAUUCUCAAAAGCCCCCCGUUUCAAUCUUGCUACUUUGGAGAUGCAUUAUAAGGAAGUUGCCAAGAAUUCUUAUGAAGGAGGAGAAGGAGAAGGUACUGAGUGUUAUGUUGGCAACUCUCAAAUACUGAAAUAUAAUGUUAGAAUUGGCAACAUUGUAGUAAACAAUUUAAGAACUAGGUUAUUUCUUGUUACAUAAGUGAUGUUUACUGUUAUGUGUAAGCACAUUUAUGUGUGUAACAACAGUAUCUUUAUAUUGUUAUGUGUUACUAUGGUUAUAAGUUCGUAUGUAUAUAAGGCGUACUUCUGUGUCUUAAUAAAGCAGGAGUAGAGUGAACUGUAACCGCACCAUGCAGGAACCUCAGCAAUGUUGUUGAUUUACAUUCUUAAUUACAAUGUACUACAUGUAAACGAACUGUAUUACUCUUAAUACAAGAUGAUACAGAACUGACCCCAGCACCAAAUCAGUUUGUCAAGUCCAGUACGCAAAUUCAAAGUGCUACAGCCUUGUAAUGUGUAAUUCUAGUUCACAUCUUUAAUAAAGAGCAACAGUGUAGGUGAAGCGUGAGUUUUAAGUGUUCUCUCUCUCCUUGUGUGAGCAAGGCCCAGAAGUCGCCUGAGACAGAAUCUCGUCCAACUGUCUGAGC